AUGGCGGAAACUAGCCCCCCCGAUACCGACAAACAAAAAUCCGUCCGAGACCUCCUUCAAGAAGAGCAGACUCUCCGCUCCUUCACCGAACAGGUCCUGGAUUGCCGCCAGUUGGAGCUCGAAAUAGCAGAGUCGGAAAACAAGAGACUGCUCAAAAAACUAGACCAUCUCUCCAAGGAACUCUCCGAAACCAGGACCGAGCUGGCCCGGGCACGAAACCAGCUGGAGUGCAAAGACAGACCCUGGCAAGACGCUGGCCAUCCCGUUUCGCGACCCCAACCUCACCGGAAGGACGUGUCGGAUUCGGAGGCAAAGGACGCGUACAAGGCUUUGUGCGACAAGAUAUACCGAUGGGUGCAAAGCAGGCUCUGCGGCACGCUGGAAGCCCUGGCGUCCGGUCAGGCGAAGAAGCCGGCCUCGCAGCAAGCCGCCAAGUUCCUGUCCCUGCUGCGGGAGCCGGGAAAGAGGUGCCUCUCCGUACACGGCAGCGACGAGUACCACGUGGUAGCGGCCAUCAUGUACUAUCUGUGGCUGGCGCUGUUUUCCAAGCCGUUCUAUUGCCCGCUGGAUGACUCGGGGGAAGAUUCGACGCUGUUGUGGAUUGUGGGCGUCGAAUCUGCCAUGUCGAAAUCAAGAGACAUUGAACACACGCGAAGCUGGAGGAGCGAAACGCUCGCAGCGCUGAGCUGCCAAAAGUCGUUCCAGUCCAGACGCGAAGCCUACCUAUAUCUCCUGUCCAAGGAUCUAGCGUCCUAUCUCGGGGUGGUUUUCCCAGGGCUGUGCGCGACGGAGCUGCAAGCCUCGCUGGUGAAGUCGGUCAUGCAACCAGCCGCCCAGCUAGCCCACAGGCUUCACACGUCGACAAACAUCUUUUGGCUGAAGUGGCCGCUCAAGACGGCCAGCUCGCGACUCGAGGUGUACGACUGCGUCAACCUGGCGGACGGCGGCAGGAGCAUGGACCUGUCGGGGACGUUGCCCGAGUCGUCGAGCAGGCGUCGCGCCAAGUAUCUGUUUGACAUUGCGCCGGGCCUGUUUAUCGAGAGGGUAGAGGGCGGCAAGAAGAUGGCCAUCAAGUCGAUUUGCCGUCCUAGGGUGCUGAUUCACGCUGGGGAGGGGGAAAGCCAGGUUCAGCAUCGGUCCACGCUCAUGACGUGGUUAUAUAGUGCGUCGUCGGCAGGCUAG